AUGGCGGACCUAGGUGCUCUUUCUCCUCCGCGGGGGACGCAGACCCCGGCCAUCUCCUACCCACCGCCGCCGCAGCCUCCAAUUCUCCCAGACACCAGCUUCCCCAUCUUGGUCGUCUCAGUGCUCGGGAUCCUCACCACCGCCAUGCUCCUGGUCAGCUAUUACGUUAUCGUCGUCAAGUGUUGCCUGAACUGGCGGCGCUCCGACGAGAUCGGCCGCCUCUCCGACUUGCGAACCCGGCAGUUACUAUGGCGCCACGACGAACUCUCCGCCGCGUGCGAGCGACGGGGUCUCGAGGAGAUGAUGAUCCGGGCCAUCCCCAUCGUCCGCUUCGGGAAGCCCUGCACCGGCACCGGCGGCGAGAAGGAGGGACUCCUCCGCGACUGUGCUGUCUGCCUCAGCGAGUUCCAAGACGGGGAGGUCCUCCGGCGGCUACCGGCCUGCUCCCACCACUUCCACAUCGACUGCAUCGACAUCUGGUUGCAGAGCAGCGUCAAUUGCCCCGUUUGCCGGUCGGAGAUCACCGGUGUAGAGUCGAUAUCACCCCACAGCGUGGUGCUGGAGGUAGGAGACGACGGCGGCCAGCUGCAAACUUCACCGAGGAAGACGGAGCCGCAGAGGUCUCUACAGGAGAAGGGCCGGAAGCUCCACCAGGGAGCGAGCAUGGGGGACGAGUGCAUCGAUGUGGGAGGGAGGCAUAGGGACGAAGACUUCUCCGUCUUGCCCAUAAGGAGGUCCUUCUCUAUGGACUCUUCGUGCUACUGGCAGCUCAGCCUGUCCAACCAGGAGAUCCGAGCCCAGGGUGCAGCGGCGGCAGCGCCAGGCUCCGGCGGUCCAUCUUCUCCUUCGGCCGCGGCCCCCGAAGCGUUAUUCAAUCGGUGUCCAUAG